AUGUUAUUUUGGAUUCAAGACGAAAUCUACUCGCCUUGUGAUUAUAUCCAACCGAUUAUAACGUCAUACGGUCUGUGUUAUUCAAUAAAUAUGAUUCCUCACCAUCAGUUGUUGCACGAUAACUAUCUCCAAUCAACGUCUUUUUUGAACCUGACACAAGCCGAUAUCAUAGCGAAGAAAAACCAAACCACCUGGACCCCUGAAACUGGUUACAGCCCGAACACUAUCCCGUUUGACGUACCGUGGAGAGUGACCGGCGACACCGUCGACAAUGCUGUUCGGUUGAUCUUUGAUUUGACGAACGAGAAUUUAGGAGACCACUGCCCGAAAAGAGAAUCCGGACUGACGUUGAUUGUGCAUAGCCCAGCGGAUGUUCCAGUCGGAAUCCAACCUACAGCUUACGUUACCGGUAGUAGUAUGCUGUCCGUAGCAUUGUCACUGAAUAUUAUACGUACUUCACAUAAAAUCAAAAAGUGGACUCCAAAACUUCGAAAUUGUUAUUAUCAACACGAAAAAAAAUUGAAGUUUUUUAAGAUCUACACACUUCACAAUUGCGAAAUGGAGUGUAGAGCCAAUAACACGCUUAACGUAUGUGGUUGCAAUGCUUAUUUCCAACCAAGAGAUCCGGGAGUUUCUGUUUGUGGUACUGAAAGUUUAGAAUGUAUUAGAGAAUCCUCGACUAUCGGUUAUUCGAUUUUCAAGAAAACACUAAACAUGUCAAAUAACAUCAAAGGUUGUAAUUGUUUGCCAUCAUGUACAAGCAUUCAGUACGAGUAUGAAACUGUGGAAUUUUUUAGGAACUGGACAACAAAUUCUACAAAACCGAAACUAGUUCUCACGGAAAAAUCAGCUGUAGUAUUGAUUUACUUCAAACGAAAAUCUGUGAUCGAUAUACAAAAAACUCCAUUGAUGCCGUUCAACGAACUAUUAGGUAACAUAGGCGGCUUGUUUGGAUUAUUUCUGGGUUGCAGCAUAAUCAGUUUCUUCGAAAUCUUAUAUUUUUUCGUAAUACGAUUAUAUUUUGACCAUCGGAAUCUUAGAAAGGCCAAAUCAAAAAUAAAGCCGAGUUUUAUCAUUGAAUCAUAA